CUCACGCCCGCGUCUCGCAUCGCUGGCCACCACUCGUGUUACUCGCUGCGCGGUAUACCCGCCUGUCCGUCUCGAAACUUUCGGUCAUAGCACUGCUUCUCUGACCUGGCUGUGCUUCCGGACAUGUCUCGAAAUGUGGCUUCGACAUCCACUCCCGCAGGACUAUCUAAAACUGGUUAUCCGGAGGUCCCCAAUGGUAUCCGCGCACCUUCAGGAAAUGGUAGCCCAUGGCGCCUAGGAAGAUCCGCUUCUACCACAUCUACUAUGGAGCCUGUGUUAGACCCGACAAGAAACCCUGGCGGAAUCGACCCCGAUGAGUUAUUCGCAAGGCAUACGGUCUCGGAGGUUAGGAAGGUACAACAACGCCUGAGGGUCAAUGCUGAGGCAAAACAGGAAGAGCUCCGCCUCAUGGUUGGGGAACGGUAUCGGGAUCUUCUGCAAGCCUCGAGCUCCAUCAUAUCAAUGGCAGCGUCGUCUCGACGCGUUUUGCAAGCUUUGGACGAGAUGCGCGAUAUUGUGGGCUCGGCAAAGCCACCGCGGAUGACAAGACGAACCCAUGCAGGCGAGGAAGACAAACAUAUACAGGCCUUGCAAUCCCUGUCUGCACAUCUCAAGCUUCUGCUAGACGCACCGGAACAUCUAUGGAGGUUCAUGGAACACAGGAUGUAUUUGAAAGCUGCCUGGCUCUUCCUGACAGCUAGGGUUGUUCACCGAACGCUCCUGCAAGAGGAUGAGGACAUGGACCAGAGUUGGAAUGACUAUGGCAUCGAUGUCUCGGAACAAAUACCCUUAGUGCAGCGGCAAUGGGACACCGUCUCACAGUUUCGUUCCCAGAUUACACAUAAAGCGACGCUUUCGUUGCGAGAGCAUAGCACAUCGUCGGCCGAAAUUUGUGCGACUCUUUUGACUCUUCAUAUCCUCGAAUCUCGGCCUCUAGGAGAGACGCUAUCGAUUUUUCUCGCACAGCGAUCUAAGACCCUCUCGGUGACCCUGUCGUCGGUGCAAUCAGAGUCGGCGAACGGACAUGCGAAUAUUGCUCCAAGCGAAUACGGCAAGACAUCAAGCAGGGCGCGCAAGGCUAUCCUCCGAGAGGUCAAGCGCAAUCUUCAGGUCGCUUUGGAUUCGAUAUCGCAUACGCUCCGCGCCGCACGAGACAUCUUUGCCGAUGGUGCUUCCGGGAAAGCAGGCAUGAUGCAACAAGCCCUCCAGUAUAUACAAGAGGAGCAGGCCUCUCCAUCGCUACCCUCCGACCUGCAGAUGACGACGCAGACAUUACUCAAUUCUCUACCGUCGUCCGCCCAUUUCACCCUGUUGCCAGACACGAUCCGAUCGUACAAGCCAUAUAUUGGUGCUGCGUCUGCGUCUCCCUCUGUCGCACAGGACCUCUUGCAGCAGAAGCUUGGCAACUGGUUUUCACGUUCCCUGGAGGCUGUCCAAGCAGCGGCCUCGAGAUGGUUAUCGAGUCUAGAAACCGUCAAGGAAGUCUGGGAUCUCCGUGCAUCUUCCUUCGCGAUCACCUCGAAGCUUGACGGCGUGGAGUCUUACGAAAAGAGUCGAAUUCGCUCGAUGCUGGAUGCCCUCUACCAGCAGCAAACUGUAUCGGUCUGGCGAAAGGCUUUGAGCUCGGCAGAGAUGUCGUUCCAAGAGAGGCUGACGGCUGCGCUACGGGCCCUGCAGAGCCACUGUAACGAAAGUACUUCAGAUGCACAACCUGUCGACUAUCUCUUUCAUGCCCUCCCGCUGCCAUCAAUCUCUCAGACCACCAUCAAUGCCUCCCUAACGGAUGCGCCGUUCAAACGAUACAAGGCCGGGCUGCACCGACAGCUCCACGGAAGGACGCCGCUUCUCCAUGACGUUCUAGGCGCCAUAGAAGAGUCAUCUCAUAGCCUCGAAGAACAUCUAGGUGCUAUGCAGGCUUCUGAUCACGAGGGAGGUGUACUCGCUUCACGGCUACGAGACGCAUAUCAGCCCGACGCUGCAGGUUUCUGUUCCCGCAUAACCCAAAUCCUGGAUGAUUGUCAAGAAGACGUCGACGAUACGGAAGGUCUACGAAGUACAGCAGCUUUCUUGGGGCGGUUGCAAUACGAGCUUGCCUCGUCUUCGUCGUUCAUUACGACGAUUGGCUGCAACCAGGAGGCUGUCGAUGAAUUCAGGAAGCGGAUGCAUGCCCUCCACGAUCAGACAUUCGAGCGCUGGAGAGAGCUCAUUGUUGAGCACAUCGUGAAGACUAUUUGGCCCCGGACGGGGAGUCAAGAUGAUGCCGGACUCCGGCCAGCUGAACACCCGAAACGGCCUUCAGCUGCUCUAGUUCAAGCAUUGCUGUCUCUGUCAUCGUCGCUGCAAGAAUUCUGGACAACAAUUGAUCCUGUGCGGAAACGAUCACUAGUUGGCGACUGCAUCACGUACUUCGUUUCGCGGAGCUGUAAACAUGGUGCCGUCGAGAUACGAGAACCGCAUCAAGGACUACAGCGGUACUGGGACUUGUGGUUCAUGCGACAUUUGACGACUACAUGGGGUCAUGAAGAGCUCCGAAUGCAACUAGAUGAACGGAUAGGCGAUGUUCGAGCAAAGCUAUUCUCACAGGGCAUUGAGCAACCUCAACUUGAAUGUGACGAUAGUAUCUCGGAAUACCUAUCAAGAAUGCAAAUCAUCUUCUCACCCCUCUUCCCUCCUCCCGAGGUACAUCCUGCGACGCCUCUAUCAAAAGACAAGAGCAAGUCUUCGGCGCUGCUGUGCCAUGCGCCACCAGCAGCCGAGCAGCACUUCCACCCCUCAUUGGAGCUCGUCAAGCCUUCGGCUCGGUUUGGCUUGUUGCUCGUAGGCAGUUCAGCUGCCCGGUGAAGGCAAUCGCCUACGCGCACAUUGUAUAUACCAAUCCUUCUGGACUUACUAGCAUUCUAACGAUGCCCCGUCGAUCUCGAACGCUGCAUUAAUGUGGAGAAAUUUCUUCGUACCAUCCAACGUCGCCGCCUGGUCGCAGCGACGUACUGCCGACGUUCUAUCAUGGUGAAGCGGUACAGAAAAUCGUUAGAAUGAUAAUGAUCUAGAUCAAUCACCUGAGUGACC